GACGGCGGCGUCGACGUCGUCCGGCGGAAUGGUAUUUAAGCGGGAAAUGAUUCGGUAUGACAAAUCAGAAGUGAAAUAACUCAGCAACAGCGAGCAACAGGCUGCUAGCCGUUAAAAAUAACUAACAACCAAGAAAUAGCACAAGAACACGCCAAAAAACCCAAUCAAUUGAAGAAGAUGGCCACCGCAUCAGCACAUUUGCCCAUUCAGAAGCGCCGCCCGCAUGAGCACGAUGGCGAGCCCAGCUGCCAGGGUCUGGAUGAGGUGAACCGCAUGUUCCGCAACUACUGGGAUCCCACGGCCUACUGGGUGUGCGAUAAGCAGGGCACACGGGCUCGUCUCCAGCGCUGUCCGCAGUCGCAGCUGUACUCCGAGGAACUGGGACGCUGCGUCCACUAUGCCGAUUGGGCCUGGACGGAUCCCAAGGAGCCGGCUGGCCGAGCCAAGAUCAGUCAAUCGGUGUCCACAAAUUAGUGGUAGCUAAUCGGCUAAUCGUAAUUUAAUGCUAGUCUAAGACAACCAACCUCAUUAGGCUUACGUCUAUUUUUACAAAAUACCUUUAUUUUUAAUAAGAAAAUAAGAAAAAAUCAGUACAAAAUCAAUA